AAAUUGUUUAAAACACAUGUCCAAAAACAGACCGACUCGCGGCCUCCGAAGCCAACCGACGACGACUAUCCACGCAGUGACACCACACCGAGCACAUCCCAUUUCAGGCGCUGAAUUCAUAAUAUUCUCGACUUGAAGACAUCGAUAAUUAACCGCUCUAUAUCUAAGCUCCUUUCGUUACAACCGCCAGAAUGCAGCGACCGACGUAUGGGCAAUCGCCUCCGCUACACCACCCAGUCCCGCAACACGUCUCGACCGUCCCCCAACUUCGAUCACCUCCUCCGCUAACAUCGCAGCCCCAAGGCCACGGGUACGAUGGGAGUCCUUAUCCGCAGCAGCAGCAACAAGCGCCGCCGGGCGGUAACAUGUUUGCGCAAUAUGGCAACUUCAUGAAUGACCCAACUGCGCAAAUAGCUACGCAGUUUGGCCAGACAGCAUUCCGGCAGGGCCAGGACUAUCUAGAGAAAAAUGUCAAUCGCUUGGUCAACGUCUCGGCACUGAAGCACUAUUUCAACGUGACGAACUCGUACGUUAUCAACAAGCUCUUUUUGGUCCUCUUUCCAUGGCGACACAAGCCAUGGACGCGUCGCCAGGCAUCCGAGGUUGGCACUGGCGGCGGCCAGGAAGCAUGGUUCUACCUCCCCCCUCGAGACGACAUCAACAGUCCCGAUAUGUACAUCCCGGUCAUGUCAAUCGUCACAUACGUCUUUCUACGAACUCUUUUUGCCGGCUUCCGAGGCGAGUUCGAACCCCAGCUGUUCGGCAGCGUCGCUACGAUCGCGAUCGUGAUGAUGAUUCUGGAAAUUUUGGCCCUUAGAAUAGGGUGCUAUCUCCUGAAUAUCUCCAACCAGUCGCAGCUGCUGGAUCUUAUGGCCUACAGCGGCUACAAGUUCGUGGGAGUUAUUGUGACGAUUGCGGUGUCAGAGAUCUUCAAUGGGGGCAAGGGUACCGGCGGCUGGGUGGGCUGGACUUUGUUUGUCUACACAUGCUUGGCUAACUCGUUGUUCCUGAUGCGCUCUCUCAAGUACGUCCUUCUGCCAGAAAACAACAACACCAACCAAGGCCCCAUGCAGACUAUGCACCCCCUCGACUCGCGGGCGAAGAGAAGCCAGCGAACCCAGUUUUUGUUUGCGUAUUCGUAUCCUGUGCAGGCUCUCCUCAUGUGGAUUCUCUGCAGGCCAUAA